AUGGCGACCAAGAGGUUCACGCGCAAAGAGCUCGCCGAGCGCAACACCAAAGCGGACGCGGUGUUCAUCAUCAACAACCUCGUCUAUGACGUUACCAAGUUCCUGGACGACCACCCGGGCGGCCACGAGGUGCUGAUCAACGCCGCCGGCACGGACGCCACCGAGGAGUUCGACGACAUCGGCCACAGCCUCGACGCCAAGGAGCUCCUCAAGAAGUUCCUCAUCGGCGAGCUGGUGGACGAGGACAAGAGCGCGGUGCAGAAGCGCAACAUCAACUGGACCGCGGCCGAGACGGACACCGAAUCCUCCGGCGGCUUCAUGAGCUCCUGGAAGUUCCCCGUGGUGCUGGGCCUCGUCAUGACCGUGCUCUACAGCUACCUGUUCGGG